UGGUGGGCCCAAUUUGGCGGCCCAGUGAGUCACAGCCUUAUCCGUUCGCGUCCCCGCCCUCGCUUCGCCGCGGCAAUGGCGCUCCACCUCACCCGUCCCUUCCUCCGGCCGUCGCCGCCGCCGCCGCGGCCGACUCGUCGGAGCUCCCGGGCUCAUUGCCUCGCCCCUUCUGCCAGCGCGCGGGGCCCGAGCUUCAGGAGGCCCUACACGUCCGUCCUGGUGGUCCCCACCGGAGUCGGCGCCGCCGUCGGGGGUUUCGCCGGCGAUGCGCUUCCCGUGGCGCGCGCGCUCGGUGCCGUCGCCGACUGCGUCAUCUCCCACCCCAAUGUGCUGAACGCUGCGAUGCUCUACUGGCCGAUGCCCAACACGCUCUACGUUGAGGGAUACGCCCUUGACAGGUUCGCUGAAGGAUCCUGGGCUCUCCAACCAGUUCACCAGAACAAGGUAGGUUUGGUGUUGGAUUCUGGAAUCGAGGAGGAGCUUCGACUCCGUCACUUGCAGGUUGCGGAUGCCGCGAGGGCUUCUCUUGGGCUCCCUGUAGUCGAGUACAUUGUGACUGAUACUCCUUUGGAGAUCAAGACAUGGUUUGAUCCAAAAUGUGGGAAGUCUACAGGGAGUGUUGGGAACUCUGAUUCUCUCCUGAGGGCAGUUGAGGCCCUGGUGAACCGCUCUGAUGUGAAUGCUGUGGCGGUUGUUGCGCGCUUUCCAGAUGAUGAUCCAGAAGAUUCAGAUUGUUAUCGGGAAGGAAAGGGAGUUGAUCUGUUGGCAGGAGUUGAAGCGAUUAUCAGUCAUCUAAUUGUGAAGAAAUUCAAAAUCCCAGCUGCCCAUGCUCCUGCAGUUUUACCCCCAGUUCUCAGUCUGUCAGUGUCCCCAAGAUCUGCUGCUGAAGAGAUUGGACAUACCUUUCUACCUUGUGUGCUUGCCGGGUUAAGCAAUGCCCCUCAAUAUGUGAUGAGGAGGAAUGGAAACAUGGAUAAUGGUUGCAUAGUGGCUAGUGAUGUUGAUAGUGUGAUUCUUCCAAAAGAUGCUUGCGGAGGAGAUGGUACUAUUGCCUUUGCUAGAACUGCUACAAAGAACAAGCCCUUAAUCAUUACGGUUCAAGAAAAUGAAACAGUUCUUGAUGAUACCCCUGACAAGUUCAAUAUAGAGGCGCUAAAUGUCCAGAACUAUUGGGAAGCCAUUGGAGUAAUCGCAGCUCACAAGGCAGCUCUGCAAGUCUGCAGGUGUCAUCGCAGCCUCCACCACGGCUCAUCUCCGAGCACUUGCCGGCCGGUGAUCCGCCGUCGCCGCUUAGCCGGAGCAGAAAGAGGAGGAGCUUCUCCGAGGAAGAGGACGAGCUCCUCCUCAAGCUGCACGCUUUGCUCGGCAACCGUUGGUCCCUCAUCGCUGGGAGGCUACCGGGGAGGACAGACAAAGAGGUCAUGAACCACUGGAACUCCAAGCUGAUGGAUAGUACUAUAGAGCAUCCACCCUCGCUACAUGAUGAUGAACACCGUCGACGGCGUCGCCGUCUGCGAAGCGAAGCUCACGACGAACGUGGUGCAAAGCAUCCGGGCCACAAUUCAUCUUCUUCCUCCAAGGACGUCAAUGGCGAUGAAUGUACAGUCGCCGACGACGCAAGUAGCUGUAACCACCAAGAUGAUAACCGGGCUGUUGCAGAAUUGAACCUAGAGCUUACCCUCUCUACGCCUUGCAUCUACUUGUUACUUGGACAGGAUCGUGAGGAUGGAUCGAAGAGCAACCAGGGUUUAAUUUGAUCGAUCCUAAAGUAUACUAACAACACAUUAAUUAGUACAUCUUGCAUAAGCAUAAAUGAAACGAUGGAGCCAAUGUGUCAUUUGCUAAUUAAUGAAUCCAGCGAGAUCGACUGAC